AUGCAGUCUUUCUAUACUUCAGAUUCGCAGUCGUUUAUCGGUGUUAAUUACGGGCAAGUUGCCGACAACCUUCCGCCACCGGAGGCGACGGUGAAGCUUUUGAAGUCUACGAGCAUCCAGAAGGUGCGGCUGUACGGCGCCGACCCGGUGAUCAUUAAGGCUCUUGCGAAUACUGGGAUUGGUAUCGUGAUCGGCGCCGCCAAUGGGGAUAUUCCGGCUCUGGCGUCCGACCCAAACUUUGCGGGUCAGUGGGUCGGAUCCAACGUACUUGCGUACUAUCCGGCCAGCAAAAUUAUAGUCAUCAAUGUCGGUAACGAGGUCAUGACAUCGGGAGAUCAGGCUCUCAUUUCCCAACUACUGCCCGCCAUGCAAAAUGUCCAAAACGCCCUCAAUGCAGCUUCACUAGGUGGAAAGAUUAAGGUGUCGACUGUACAUUCUAUGGCCGUAUUAAGUCAGUCUGAUCCGCCCUCGUCGGGUGCUUUCAACCCAGGGCUUGGCGAUGCGUUGAAAGCCUUAUUGAAAUUUCAAAGUUCAAAUGGUUCGCCUUUUAUGAUUAAUCCAUAUCCUUUCUUUGCCUACCAAAGUGAUCAGAGGCCUGAAACAUUGGCAUUCUGUCUAUUCCAACCAAACGCUGGACGAGUGGACUCAGGAAAUGGUAUUAAGUACAUGAACAUGUUUGAUGCCCAGGUCGAUGCUGUACGAUCUGCCUUGAAUGCAGUGGGAUUUAAGGACGUUGAGAUUGCAGUUGCUGAGACGGGGUGGCCUUACAAAGGAGACUCCAAUGAAGCUGGUCCUAGUUUGGAAAAUGCGAAAGCGUAUAAUGGAAACUUGAUAAGCCACCUGAGGUCAAUGGUUGGAACCCCACUUAUGCCCGGGAAAUCUGUUGAUACCUAUAUCUUUGCACUCUAUGACGAGAAUUUGAAACCUGGGCCGGGAUCAGAGAGGUCAUUUGGACUUUUUAUGCCUGAUCUUUCCAUGACUUAUGAUGCCGGUCUCUCAAAGAGCGCACAGACUCCUUCGCCAACGCCCGUGACUCCUACUCCCACUCCAACGACCCCUACAACUCCAGCGACACCGGCUCCAAAAGCAGUAGCUGGUUGGUGUGUGCCAAAGCCGGGAGUAUCUGAUGCUCAAUUGCAGGCAAAUCUUGACUAUGCCUGUGGCCAGAAUAUUGAUUGUAGUCCAAUUCAACCUGGUGGUGCCUGUUUUGAACCAGUUACUGUAGCAUCACAUGCUGCUUAUGCAAUGAAUCUUCUAUAUCAAUCGGCUGGCAAGAAUCCAUGGAACUGCGACUUCAUGCAGACUGCCACACUCUCUACUACUAAUCCUAGUUACAAUGCUUGCACUUACCCUGGAGGAAGUACAUGA